AUGGCUGACGUAUUUCAAGCGGAAAAUGAGCCAGCGACGGCCGGAUUCGUCGCCGAAUGGGUCGCAAAGCUGUGUCUGUGCGACUCCUCGCUCGACGAAGGCCAAUGCGGUGGGUCGCACGACAACCUCAGUGACGAGACUCCUGUCCGCGACAGAACGACCGUCACAGUCGAUUCAACAACGCGAAGCAGCAGUGACAGCAGCAAAAGCCGUAAAAGUGGCAGCAGCAUGAGUGCUGUGGAUUUGAAUUCUAUCAGCAAAUCGUCUCAAGCAGCAGCACACACACCAGCCUCCCCCGCCGCCGCCACCGCCGAUACAGCCGCCGUUCCUACAGCCUCCGCUGAUUGUAGUAGCACAAACGAAGAUUCUCUCUCCACGGCGUGCCACGGCACACCGCGGCGGUUACGCGUGGCCAUCAAGCCGCGCGGCAGCCCUGCCGCCGUGCCGCUGUUCCUACCAAAUGACUUCGGAGGCGACGCGGUGUGGGGACAGUCCCCAGGAUUCGGAAAGGGAGGUAGAGCCGCCGCUUUCCCCUCUGCGAGCCCCCCGCCGCACCGCGGCUCUUGGACGGACGGCGCGAGCUGCUGCAAGACGAAGCGCCGAACCGCGCUCGGGCGGGACGACGAACUGGCGGGAGUGCGGCGCGCACUGGGUUGGGACAGUAAUGAGGGCACUGAAGGUGAGGGCGAGGAGAGCGGUCGCAGCGACAGUAACGUCGAAGCGGAAGGUGAUUCGCCCGACGGUGAUAGCUUCGGCACUCGUUGCGAUCUGUUCUCAAGCUCCGACGAAUCCGACAUUCUUCUUCGCGACUCGCUCUCUGGUCUAAGCCGGCAAAGCUCUUUCGUAGCCGACGGCAUCCCGCAAUCUCCGCCGCGGUUCUCGCCGCCGGAUGCGGGAUCGCCGCGGUCGUGCACUUCUGGAGCCGUGUCGCCUAUGUCCGUGCUACCUGCACCGCUGAUAUUGUCGCUGUCCGCAUCGCUGGGUGAGAUGGCGGAAGUAGGGGCGGAAGAAGACGCUCUACUCAUGCUGCCCAUCGCGUGGGACGAUGCGGGGGCGGAAGGGGAUGCGGACGCGAUAGCCACUUCGGCGGCGGCGGCGGCGGCGGCGGCAGCGGCGGUGGCGGCGGGAACGUCUGCACCUUGGUCACGACAGGCGGCGCCGUGCCCUCGAUCUUCAUUCGCUACUCCUCCGCCUCGCACGUCUGCGCCCCCGCCAAUCCCGCGCAACGAUCCGCUUCCGCCUGCCUGGAGCCAUGCAACCGCGCACUCUCCCCCUGGGCGGUGCAACCUCCGCGCCCGCAACAGCCCCCCGCAGUUUAGCGGAAAUCACGGACAGACACAGUUCAUCAAUGACGCCUCGUCCCGCAGCCCUGUGUCAUCCGCCAAUGCGCGCAACUACCAGCGGCCAGCCGCGCACCAUCUCCCCCGAUCGGUGCCUUCCCGGGGCCCGUCCGCUCCCAACCCUCCGCCUGCCGGCUUUCCAGAGCGCCCCAAUCCCCACCUCCCGCACCAGCAGCCACAGCCUUUCCGCGCAUGGCCUGCCUCUAUCCUCCGUUCCCGUCCACCUACCCCGCAUCUCGCGUUCCCUUGCCGUCCAUUCCCGGGGGCUGGUCUUGCGGGAAAGCCCAGCACCGGAGGGGCUCCGCGAAGCGGCGGGAAGGCGGAAAAGGCGGCGAGCGUAGGGGGAGGUGGUAGGGCUGCUGCGUCUGCAGUGGCGGCGGAAGGGUCGUCGGGCACGGGGGUGUUUCUCCCCCGCACCAGCGCUGCUGAUUCGUCUGGUGCCGUGGGUGGAGGGGAAGCAGUGGCUAUUUGA